GGGUAAUGCGUCUGAUUUCUUCUGGGCUGUUUCAUGCACACUGCCGCUGAUACGCCUAGCCAAGCAAACACGGAACUCCUCCGAAUUUGAAAGUCUUUUUUUCGGCGAAGAUGGCAGCCAUCAGGAAGAAGUUGGUCAUAGUCGGCGACGGCGCGUGCGGUAAGACGUGUCUCCUCAUCGUCUUCAGCAAGGACCAGUUCCCGGAGGUCUACGUCCCCACCGUCUUUGAGAACUACAUUGCCGACAUCGAAGUGGAUGGCAAACAGGUGGAACUGGCGCUGUGGGACACGGCAGGUCAGGAAGACUACGACAGAUUGAGGCCUCUCUCCUACCCGGACACCGACGUUAUCCUCAUGUGCUUCUCCAUUGACAGCCCUGACAGCCUCGAGAACAUUCCGGAGAAAUGGACGCCCGAAGUGAAACAUUUUUGUCCCAACGUCCCCAUCAUCCUCGUGGGUAACAAGAAGGACCUCAGGAAUGACGAAAACACACGGCGAGAGCUGGCCAAGAUGAAACAGGAACCGGUCAAGUCGGACGAAGGCAGGGACAUGGCCAACCGCAUCGGCGCCUUCAGCUACCUGGAGUGCUCGGCCAAGACCAAGGACGGUGUGCGCGAGGUCUUCGAGAUGGCCACCAGAGCGGCGCUGCAGGUUCGCAAGCGCAAGAAGAGGCACGUGUGCCAGCUCCUGUAAAGAGUACGGCCGGGGCAGCGCCCCGCGAUACCGCAACAGAUGCACGAUGCAGCUACGCCGCUGAUGGAUUUGAAAGACUUGGCGCACUUUUAUGGCGCACCAGCCUGGUGCGCUUCACCUUCGUCCUUCUACUCUUUUAUUAUUUAUAUGUGCAUUUACUUAUCAAAUAUAUCACAUGUGCCUCUAAAAUGACUGGUGAGGUGAUGAGAUUGCUUUUUUCAUUUGAUCUCGCAUCGUUAACAUCUGAUUUUUAGGGAUGUUAUUAACGAGUAUCCGUUACGGAUCAUGUAUUUUUAGCCACUCCGAGUAUGGAUACGGAUAAUUUAGAUGGGUGAGCACAUACAGAUAAUGGUGUACUCGCUGCGUUUCUUUAAAUUAACAUGUCGUUUGUGCUACUCGGUCUUACAAGCAUUUGUUGACUAGAGGUGCGGAGAGAUUUCCCCUACUCGUUCAAAUCCGCAUCCGCAUUCAAAGCAGGUAUUGUAGCACGUGGUGAUAGCCGGCACCGGGAGUGAAGACAGUGGGCCGUUGUCCCAGAUACAACGCUUAGAACAGAGGUAGGGAACCUAUGGCUCGGGAGCCAGGUAGGGCUCUUUAGAUGACUGUAUCUGGCUCUCAAGCAUUUCUUACCACAAUAAAAAUGUAUUUUUGCUAACAUUUUAAAGUAAACCAUGACAGAAAUGAUAAUAUAAUAAUAUUCAAAAUCAACAACUUUCUUAUGCAUUUUAACCCUUGUAUUAUGUUGCGGGUCAAUUUGACCCGUUUCAGUUAAGGUUAACAAGGUUAACUAGCAUGAUUUGUUAACCCUUGUAUUAUGUUGCGGGUCAAUUUGACCCGUUUCAGUUAAGGUUAACAAGGUUAACUAGCAUGAUUUGUUAACCCUUGUAUUAUGUUGCGGGUCAAUUUGACCCGUUUCAGUUAAGGUUAACAAGGUUAACUAGCAUGAUUUGUUAACAAAUCAUGCUAGCAUCAUGGUAGUUAACCCUUGCAUUAUGUUACGGGUCAAUUUGACCUGUUUCAGUUUUUGUGUUAAUGACCCUAGAUGAGGAAAAGUCACAAAAUUUCAUGAAGAAAAAGAAAGGAUAACCAGUACUUUGGUCAACACAAAAACUGAAACGGGUCUAAUUGACCCGUAACAUAAUACAAGGGUUAACAAAUCAUGCUAGUUAACCUUGUAUUAUGUUACGGGUCAAUUUGACUUGUUUCAGUUUUUGUGUUAAUGACCCUAGAUGAGGAAAAGUCACAAAAUUUCAUGAAGAAAAAGAAAGGAUAACCAGUACUUUGGUCAACACAAAAACUGAAACGGGUCAAAUUGACCCGUAACAUAAUACAAGGGUUAAUCCGUCCAUCUCUUUUCUACUGCAAUACGGCCGACCAUAUCUAUCUUUCCUGAUGAUAUUUUCCAGGUCAAACACCAAAACUCGAUUAUUACUGGGUAAUGCGGUAGUCUACCUCGGUCAUUGAGAUGUCAACAUGUAAAUGUAAACUUUCCUCCUUUAGUCAAAUAGUCACCUAGCUAAAGCUGCAGAACUACGCCUUCUGACGAAGAUGGCCAAAAGAAUGAAAUAUGUGUACGGAGUAUGGUGCAAAACCAUGCAGCAGCAGAAGUUGCAUUAAUGGCAACAAGUAUUUGAUUUAUUAUUAGACACUGCGCUGCUCACGAAAGUGUGCUGGCCACACCCCAUUAGCGUGGGGUAGUGUGCCUGGUCUACGUAAUUAGAGCCCAUUAUAUCUAAAACUGUUGGUCUUACAUAAAAAUACACACAUUUUAUUGCAUUCAAUGUUUAAAAAAAUGUAUAUGGCUCUCACAGAUACACAUUUUAAAAUAUCUGGCCUUCAUGGCUCUCUUAGCCAAAAAGGUUCUCGACCCUUUGGCUUAGAAUAUCUCACCCUCACGAACGUGCAGUACGCAUGCAUCAUGGUGUCGCUGUAUACUAUAAUGACCUGAUCAGAAUCUUAAAACUGGACCUAUUUUUAUUUUUCCACUUUUCUGACCUAUAAAUAUAGUUAGAAUGUUGUAUCCUGGUGUUUAAAAAAUGCCAAAGUUUCACAUAAUCAGAUUUGCGCAUUCGGAAGUGAGCCCUAAAAGACGUUUUGAGAUGGCUCAAAACACUUAGUUUCAAGAGGCGUGGUAAAACUGCCCCCUUUGUGAUGUCACAGAGAGACGGACCUCCUUAUAAUGGUUCAUAGUUCUGUAACAAUAAAUGAAAACAGACCGUUUUGGCCGGAAGCACAAAUCUAAAAGGAAAUACAGCUGGAAUAGGUGCAGUUUUCCGUGCGGGGUUAUUGUGUGUAGCUGCUCUAUAGGAGUCCACACCUUCAAUAAUAAAAAAAAGGGUCAAAAAAUGAGCAUAACAGGUCCCACAGGUUUAAAAACUGCCACAAAACAAUUAUAUUCUCUGAUGAGAAAAUGUACACAGACUCACCCCUUUUUGCUUUUUUCAUGUUGUAGCUCUGCCUAAAAAAAAAAUUUAAAAAAAAUUAGGAAAGCAGGAAGUGAACAAAUGUAAAAGUUACUAAUGGAGGGGUAGGAUUUAAUAAGCUUUGCUUCUUCCUACUCCUGAUGCACUCAAUUGUAAUCUGAUGCAUGUUCAAAUGAAAUACAACCAUUACCAAAUAUGCAAAAAUUAAAUUCUAGCAAUUUUUCCAACUGGUCUUAAGAUUUUGAUUUUGAUUGUCCGUACUGUUUCCUAAAGAGACACACAUACAAAGAUACUGCUAUAAUACUUGUACAAUAUAAUACUAUACAAUAAUGACCAACAUGCCAUCCUCCUGUAGAAAAUAAGACACUGGAAAAAUUCCAUUGAUAUUGUUGAUUUAUGUAUUUAAUAUCAGUAUAAAGUGUACUAUAAUGCAUUGAGGAAACACCAUCGUGAUUCAAUAAUAAAUUUUUUU